AUGUCGAUUGUAGCUAUUCCCGACGGCCGUAGUUCCGCUAUCGGGAGAGAACAUCUAAAGGAACUAGCAGCGAGGCUUAAUUUCCAUCAUAUGCCACCAAAUGAAGCAGACGACUACUUGACAAUUUUGAGGUCCUUCGAGGCCGUCAUGGACUCCAUUGACGAAGCCUCAGAUUAUAUUCCACCAACACUGAAACCUCAGCCAACCACCGAGCCUCGCCGAUUUUGGAAGCCAGAGCAGGGAAGUAAUCCUUUCAAUGCCUGGAGUCACCGCUGCGAUCUGAAAUCCUCAUCACCAAUCAGCACGCUGCUUAGUGGACACACAGUGGCCAUCAAAGAUAAUAUUGCGGUGGCAUCUCUUCCGACGACAAUGGGAUUGCCAGCUAACAUGUUCAGAUCUAAUGCUUCGUCCUACCCAGUCUCACAAAUUGAUGCUGUUGUAGUGGCACGUCUCCUUGCCGCAGGCGCUACUAUAAAGGGAACCUCUACUUGCGAAAGUUACUGCGCAUCGCCUUUAUCAUGGGCAUCAAUUACUGGCCCUGUACAAAAUCCAAGACUUCAUGGAUACACUUCUGGCGGUAGCAGCAGCGGCUCAGCCUGUCUAGUUGCUGCCCAUCAACUUGCAAAAGCCCAAGAUGACCACUGGGGUGAGACGGUGGAAAUGGCCAUUGGCAGCGACCAAGCAGGCUCAGUUCGUGUUCCUGCGUCAUUCAAUGGCAUUUAUGGCCUCAAGCCAACAUUUGGAUUGAUACCGUAUACGGGGGCGGGUUCCAUGUCCUCCAUGAUUGAUCAUCUCGGGCCUCUGGCUUCCAGUUUAGAGGACAUUGCACUAAUGCUCGAGGUCAUGGCUGGUUAUGAUGGACUGGAUCCCCGUAUGACUCCCGAGAGCCCGCUACCAGAUGCAGUGAAAACAUAUUCCCAGAUUCUGGCACAGCAGCGCAGCCAAAACAUGGCAGUACCGCACCCCGGACAUGGCAUGAAAGUCGGCCUGCUCAAAGAGGCGUUUGACAUGCCGGGGGUCGACAAGGAUGUGAGAGAUAUCAUUCUGUCAUGUUGCACCAAGUAUUUUGAAGCUGUUGGUGUUUCAGUCAUCCAAGUAUCAGUCCCUAUGCAUUCACAAGGGCCAAUCAUAUGGACGGCCGCCACAAGACCGUCAAUGGCAUCGACCCUGUGCCAAGGUCAGCCAUUAGGACAGUUAUCCUAUCAGGUUCCGCAUAUGGAAUUGGCUUGGCCGCCUUCUCAAGAGACCUAUGAUUCACUUACAGACUUGAAUCCGGCUGUUAUAAACAUUAUGCUGAGCGAAGAGUUUGCUCAAUGCCAUACUAAGGCCAGCUUAGCCGCCAAGGCGCACCGCAAAGCCCUGGAGCUCCGAGACGCAUAUGAUACAGCGUUGGAAAGUGUUGAUGUACUAAUUGCUCCGUGUACCCCUUGCGUGGCUAUGCCUCAUCCUAAAACCCAACCCACUGGGCCAGAUACGCAUCGCAGUAUCUUGGAGAAGCUCAAGCCAGCCGUUGGGUUGACGAACAACACUUGUCCAUUUAACAUUACAGGCCAUCCGGCACUGAGUACACCGUGUGCAUAUCUACCAGCUAUGGAUGUACCGGAAACACUGUUACCAGUUGGUAUGCAAAUUAUCGGUAGACGCUGGAAGGAUGAGGACGUUCUCAAGGCGGCAGCUUUAUUUGAGUAUGGUAGACAAAUACUGAAGUAA